AUGGAACAAGGCGAAGGGAGGGAGGAGGUGAUUAGAGAGACUUGUAAAAAGUUGUAUGCAAAGCAAGCUGCCAACCCCACCAAGUUGGCCGAGCUAAAAGCAACAAGUGAACUGGCAAAGCAAGUCGCUUGGUGGUUCAAAAACAAUCAGAGAAGGUUUUGCAAUGAUGGACAUGAGGACUCCUCCGGGGAGGAGGGAACUACAGAUAAGCGCAGAAAGUCGGCAAAGAAAGGCAAAGGAAAAGAAAGGGCAACUACUGGCAAUGAAGAUGAUGAAGAAGAUGACGCAGAAGGCCCUACUGUGGACGCUUCAUGGCACAAGCGAAUGACAGGCCCCCUGAUGGCAAAGGCUUACAAUGAGGACAUGUUCAAGGAUGUUUUGAGUAGCCAUAAAGAUCAGGGAUUCGGAAACCGGUUCAAUUUUGCCAUAUCAGAAUUUUGGAAUACUUUCACCGAUGAAGAAAAGGAAGAUUAUUCACGGAAGGCAAGGGAGUGGAACAAAAGGGGACCACCAAACAAUAUGAAAGCUACUUUGGCUAGGCGAAGCAUGCAAGAGAGCAUGAAUAGUGUGGUAGAAUAUUUCUCCACCUACUUUGACGCCUCUGUUGUUAUGUUUAGUGUGGCGCCAGGAGAUGGACAGCCUAUUGUUCGGUGGCAUGAAACCAAAGAUGGCAAAAGUCCAAGCAAGUUCAUAAAGUCCAGUGUCUUCCGGGCUUUCAGGGAAGAAUGGCUAAACGCUGUGCCCACUGGUUUGUAUGGACAUCCUGAAGAUCUUGAAGAUAAUGAUGGUGCCGAACGAGAUUCAUGGGCGGUGGUUGAUGAAACUGAGGAAGGGCAGCCAAUCCUUCCUCAGAUGCCUGCCGGAGCUAGAAAUGAAGCAAUGGUAAAGGUAUUUCGUGAAUAUGGGAAUGCAAUUGCUGCAUAUUACUCUCAUGGAGAAAAGAAGACUUUGCCUUGGCUUCGUCUUUCUCAAAAGAAUAAGGCAUAUAUGCACUUGAAGAGUCGGGUUUCUGGAGUACAGUUUGGCGAACCAAGCAAAAUGUCCAUUGGGGAUGUUCGGAGCUACUACAUGCAUUUCCUUGAAAGGCAAAACAACGGUAGCAUGGGAUUGCGUUUGAUAGAUGGCUGGGAUAUUAGCGAAAAGGACAAGGAUGGGGGGAAAGAGAUUGAAAUGGUUGUAGUGAAGAAGCGGAGGGGCUCAGCAGUGGAUUUGGAUCAGAGAAAGCGUGCAAAGUCUACACCAGAGGAGACAGAUGAGGAUAGGGAAGGUGACGGUGGUGGAAUGAUUGUGGACAAGGAUGACAUGAUGGCCCAGAUGCAAAUGUUGGCGCCUGCUCAGGUGAUGAAUGAGGACCGUAUCCUCUUCCUUCGGUCUCUCUCAACAGAAGUUGACUAUCUCGCCAUGAUCCAAUGGCUUCACAUGUGCAAGCAAGGCCAAGUUUCGCCACGGCUCAACCGCAGAGCACCAGCAUGGGCAUCUUGGGCUCUGGACACACCAUACCUUCCAGAGGAGUUCUAUCAGUUCUCCAGUGAUGAGAGGGACCGGGAGGCCUUUGCCGCUGCUAAGGCAUACCUCAUGCAGGAUCCACUCCCUCAUGUUGGACUUGGAGAUGCCAUCGGCCCAUAUGAACGUGUUGAGAAAUCCCUGCUCAUUCUAGGUCUCAUGCUCCGUGAUAUGUCCAAAGUUUGCUUUCUGGAGCCUGAUAGUGAUGUGGCAAACUGUCUCCCAGAUUACAUGCAACAAUCGCCUUUUGCCCUUGCCGAGUGGAAUGAAUUGACUGAGGUCUGCAAGCAGAUCAAGAACAGUCUGAGCAAAUGGGAGGAGCAGGUGAAGCAAUCAGAAAGACGCAAGAAGUCCACAAUGCCCGGCCCUAAAGUAUCUGCAGCAGGACCCAGUGCUGGCCCUAGACUUGCUGCAGCUGGCCCUAAAGCUGCACCAAAUUGGAUAGGAACUCCAAGCCGAAUCCCAAGCGACUUACAAACCCUGGCAGCGGUAUGUGGCUGUCUUAGGGAGGAUGGACAAGUCUUCGCUACCUUCAAUGCAGACUGGAGGGCUGUGGUGGAUAACUACUGGGCAUUGGAAGGAAAGUUGUUGAACAAGGCUACUGAUGAAGAUGGACGUCCACAUCAAGUCAAAGGGCUUCCCAAACAGGUGAAUGCAUGGGUUGCUGCAUAUCAAGAGGGUGCCCAGUUUGAUGUUGAAGAAUUGGUCAGUGACCCCAAUUUCGGCGCAGAAGUUUGGGAAUGGUGGAAGGGGCAAAAAGAGGAGAAUGCAAAGGUGUUGGAAGAGAAUGGUUUGGAUGGCCUUCUAACUCAACCAUUUUUGCAAUGCGGUGGAAGAGGAAUGUUGGUAAUGCUAUGGGCUGUUAAGGUGUGGGGUAAAGGGGUGGCCAGCCGUGGAAAGACUCAAGGGGCAGAGGCAAAAAGGUGUGCCAUUAUGUGCACUGAACUUCGCAAACUUUUUGCAGAUCUGAUCAAGGCACCAAUUUUGUAA